AUGUCUACCCGUGCAGGUGGGGGCGAGGGUGUUCCGCACGAGGGGGACAUCUUGCUGGCCAUUUUGCUUUCCCUGGCAUUCUGUCUGGGAGCAGUGGCCGGCGCUGUCAUCUGCAACUGGGUGGGCAAGCUCCGAGGAAAAGGUGCUCUCAGGACAGUGGUGGGAGACAACCGGUGGGUCAGACUGACUGGCCGGGCACUUCGCUUUCUGCGCCGUCGCAGAGCGAUUGCUUUGGCUUUCAACCACCUGGGCUCCUACAGCUUGAGGCCCUCAGAGGGCAGUAGACCCAACAGCCUUCGUCAGAGGAGGGCAAACACACCUACACCAAAAGCGGCACAAAGCCAUCUUAGAAGGAGGACCCCGGAGGUGGACAACAUCUUGCACGAGGGAGUCGACGGAGGCCUGCGAGAUGCCUUGCUGGCGGCGCUCGGGGAUCCCCAGCGGUUGCGGGAGAUAGCCUUGAUUCCCCGCCCAGCGUGGGACUUGGCAGUCUCUGGCCUGCUGGUGGGACCUGGGCCGCCCAUGGCAGCGGUGGCACCCACGUUGGUGGAGUACGCCAGGGUGGAAGCAGUAAGGCGGGUUAGCCUUCUCAGAAUGGGCAAGUACCCGGACAGCCCAGGCGAUACGGGCGUGCUUCCACCGGUGGUGCCUGGAGCCCCCCUUCCCCCAGUGGCAAAGGACCAACUCUCAGCGCUAUCUCAGGUGAUAGCAGCGGGAGCUACGCCAUACGCCGACUUCUCUCUGUUCGGCCCUUUUGGGCAGAGGCUGUUACGCCGUCAGACAUAUAUGGCAUUCCAGUUGAACGCCGCGACAGGCGAAUGGAGCCGCAAAGAGCAGCCCGGCCCAGCGGACUUCCACUCAUGGUACAAAACGUGGAAGUGUUACCGCACAGCAAUGCUGCUGCUGGAAGCCUGCGAGUCAGAGAGGCUUGAUGCUUACUCUGAGUUCAUCAGGAGCCAGGUGACCCAGUUCGGAGACGAGGCUUGGAGCUUCAUCAGUCAGGCAGACUGCAGACUCCGGUCGGAACACAUGGACCGUCUGAGGAGGCAGCUCAGGGCAGAACCCCAGUUUGGCUUCACGGAGGCCAGUCCUUGGGGAGCCUGUUACGCCCUGGCAAUAAGGGAUGCAAGCUUCUGGAACAGAGAGCUCUCCACUCCAGCAACGCUGCUGUACAACGCAGACAAAUGCGGGUCACAGAAGGCACAGGGGAAGUGCAAAGCCUCGAGGCCUUCAGGGGACAAGGCCUCAGCUGAACCCAACAACGCUGACAGUCCCCGGGGUAGCAAGAGACCAGUGUCACCGGUGGCGCCGCCGACAGCGAAACAGAAGGCAGUCAUCCUGCGAGGAAGGAGGAUGCUGGCGAUAAAGUCCAAGCCAAGAAAGCCUGAGGCAGGACCCAGCACACCUUCCAACUCGAGCCAAGAGCGGCCACCGUUGAAGAGGAGAAGAGUAGAGGAGACAACAGCAGCCCCCAGCUCAUCGUCGAGGCCAAACCGUACCCUUGCGGAGCCACGAGAAAAGGUGGUCUGGAUCAAGGACAGGCCCAGGGACUACGGCUAUUGGCAGGCAACACAAGGAGACACAAAGGGCAGACCCAGGGCGUUGAUCAUCUUCGCAGGGAGGUCCAGAUCAGGCGACCUUAGCCAUCAGCUAGCAAGGCUGGGCUGGCUCGUCUGUUCUUUGGACACGCAAUCCCCUGUGCCCACGGAUAUCUUGGAUGACGCCAUCUGGGACGACGUGUCUUCGAACAUUAGGGACGGCUACUUCGACGCACUGUGGUUGGGAACGCCGUGUGGCACCUUCUCCCCACUGAGAGAGAAACCUCCAGGUCGGGAUGAGAUCAAAAGAGCACAUCGAAGGCUUGCCCCAGGACCAGCUCUGCAGAGGAACGUGGAGGCAGUAGACUUUGAUCAAUGCCGAACCGGAUUGGAAACGACCAAACCGACAAGGCUGCUGGUCAAAAGAAUCAAGUUGGAUUCUUUACAAGGUCUACGCUGCAACCACGUCAAGAAACAGUUUACAAGGCCAGACGGAUCCACUUACACAGCGGCACAUGAGAGCACAGUGCAACGGUGGGUAGACGGCCCGACGGGCAGACAAAGAGCCUCUAAAGCGCAGGGCGAGUACACUAUCACGCUGUGCAAGAUCAUUGUUAAGGUUUUCCAUGAGGCCAAGCAGGAGGCACUGGAGGCACUAGGAACAGAGUCGCCAGAGAAGGAGGAGGCCCCUGUAGGGAUGCCUCAGGCCAAGAACCCAGCCUGGCAAGUCAGGGAGCUACUCUACAAGGCGCAGGAUCUUUGGAAAGAAAUGAGGGAGACGGCCGCAGCCAUCCUGAGCGGGAGUAAACCCAAGGACCUCGAUGUUAGAGUGGUAGAGGCCGUAAGAAAAGCAGCCACGCAAAUGCUUGGCGGCAGCACCGGGCCCCGGCAACGUGAGGCCAGAGCAGAGACGCCUAUCAAUGCAAACCUCAUAGAAGCUUGGGGGCAUGCGGCAGGCGACAGGGACUCGCCACUACUGGCAAAGUGGUUGGACGACGGUGCUCCGUUAGGCUUCACGGAAGACAUUCCCACAACGGGAGUCUUCCCCGCAGUCCAGGGGCCAUCAGCCUCGGCAGAAGCAAUCAAGGGCAUGACCAGGACCCUGGAAGACUGGCAAAACUACAAGUCUGCUUUGGAAGAAAGCGAAGACCUAAACCAGUUGAUCCAAGACUACAUGGACAGAGGAUUCUGCCACAAGGUCUCCUCAAUGGCAGAAGCCGAACAGGAACUAGGCCGAACGCCGGUGCUCAACAAGCUGGGAGUCGUGGUGAAGUAUUCGCCCACGGGAAAGAAGAAGGCAAGAAUAGUCUGGGACUUGAAAGAGAGCCAGGCAAACACCAUCUGCAAUCAGAAGGAGCGCAUCAUCCUGCCCCGGUUGUUGGACUUGGCAAGCCAGGCAGUGGCCGCCUACAGGGAGCAGAAGGAUGUAUGGCUGGCAGCGGUAGAUAUCCGGGACGCCUUCAUGAACAUCCCGGCGGGAAAAGACAAGUUCAUGACGGUGGCAGCUUGGAAAGAAGAGCAAGGAGGACCCGACGGCAUCCUCAUCUUCGACACGUUGGUCUUUGGCUCCGCAUCAUCACCAACGAUCUGGGCGCGUUUCGCUGCCUGGUUGGGCAGGUCAACAUCUGCCAUCUCCCCGUCCACAGGAUUGCAAAUAUACGUGGACGAUCCGGGGAUGUGCCUCCCAGGAAAGCUGGAAGAGGCAGUGAGGGAGCUCACCAGCGUCCUCUUGUGGUUCGCAAUAUCGGGCUUCCCUGUGAAGCUGGAGAAAGCAGAAGGUGGCAAAUCAAUCAACUGGGUGGGAGCCACAAUCACCGCAGUUGACAAGGACGAGGAGGUGGUGGUGACCAUACCAAAAGAAAAGGUAGAGAAGCUACAGGCCACGACGCUCAACUUCUUGAAGAGACCCGUAGUGGGCCACAGGCAACUGCGAUCCUUCGCAGGCAGCCUGUCGUUUGUGGCAGGCUUGGUGCCGCACCUGAGGCCAUUCCUCUCCACAUUCUGGGCCGUGCUGGCAGGUGUUGGAGCGGCGAAUGACGGAGCUGGUACCCGGCAUUCCGGAAAGCUACUCCACACGUUCACUGAAGUGAAAGCCACCAUAACAACGGACGCAUCGCCCUGGGGCAUCGGAGGCGUCAUGAGGGUGGAAGGAUGCACUCCGCAGUGCUUCUCAUCGCCCAUACCUGCAGAGGCGCUGAAGAGAUUCAAAGCGCAGACAGGGCUGUCAAAAUUCAAUACAGUAUGGGAAGGGCUAGCCUUACUUGUAGCUUUCCGCAUUUGGCUCCCCUCGUUGGGUCACGGAGCACAAGUACGGGCAAAGUCCGACAAUGUCGGCGUCCUCUACAUGAUCGCCAAUGGCAAGGCCACGUCGGCUGAGCUGAACAUACUAGCGAGAGAAUUCUCGCUGGACCAAGCACUACAGGUCUACAGGGUGAACUGGCUAGUCCACAUUCCAGGGAUCACAAACCUGGAGGCCGACUCACUCUCUAGGCAGUUUUCUCCCUUACCUCCGGCCUGGCCCUCCACAUUGGCAGACGCAAUAGUCAGGUUCAAGAGAUCCGUGGGCGCGGGCCCUUGGCUUCCACCGCACAAGCCGGUGGCCAAAGCCAGGCCUUCUUCUUCUCCCUCCGUCUUGCACGAGGGCUUUGCCAUUCGCAUUCCGUCCCGGAGCGAGGCAAGACCCAUCAUCGACAGGGCAACAGCAGCACCCGAAGGUCGCGAGGCGGCUGGCGUUCCUUCCGUCGGGGACAACAACGUUCUCGAUGGAGAACCCAGACCUUAUGGCCGCGGAUCAUCGGUGGCUGCAUUACAAGCCCUGAAUGAUCCAGAGAAGUGCAUAAGCCAUCUCAAAGAUGGUAUGCAAGCGAGUACCACAAAGGGCCCAACAGCCUCCAGGAGAACUUUGUGGGCCGCCUUGGCGGCAAAAGCGGGUUACUCCGAGCCUUUCAACCUGGAGCCAAACAUGAUCUACGCAGUCAUGGGGGCCCUGAAUCUCGCUGGCUACAGAUCUUCAGAGCUGUACCUGGAAGCAGCCAAAGGCGUGCACAUUGCAGAAGGAUGUCCCUGGACACAACAACUGCAACAAGCAGCCAAAGCGGCAAUACGAAGCUGCAAACGGGCCAGAGGACCGCCCAAACAGGCGGCAGGCCUCCCCAUGGACAAGCUGAGCAAGCUGAACCUAGAUCAGCAGCUGGCUCCGGGGGGGCCUUCCUGGCCGGUUCGAUCCACACUGCUGGCAGCAUGGUGGCUGCUAAGAGAGAUCGAGGCUUCCAGAGCCAAGAAGAAGCACAUCACGGUGGUGCGUGAACUAAAGCGCAUAACCUGGCGCCUGCCAAGCUCGAAGACAGAUCAGGCAGCGCUGGGAGCAGAGCGCACACACACGUGCAACUGCGCUUUCUCACCACCUGAGAUGUGCCCAUAUCAAAUGAUGGUGCAGCAUCUCGGAGAGAGACCACAUGAUGACGACCUCAUCUUCCAAGACCAGCUGGGCGAAAGAACAACAAAGUCUGGAUGGGCCGACACAUUCCAGGAGCUGGCAAGGCAUCUGGGCCUUCCCAUCACUCAUGGCAACGGAGCCCGGGCAUACACAGGGCAUUCCGCCAGGGUUUCGGGAGCCCGGCAUCUUGCCGCCUCACAAGUGGAAUUGUGGCGCAUCCAACUGUUCGGCAGAUGGGGCUCAGAAGUGUUCUUACACUACAUUCAGGACACGCCACUGACCCAGCUGAACGACUUAGCCCAAGAGUCCUCAAGAUUGUCCAUACAGGCAGCCAAAGAAGAGCUAUUGACGCUCAUAAGGUCCGCACAAAACCUGAAACCACAGUUGGCCUUGCCAAACGUGGACAUGCUAGAGAUCAUGGAGAACACGCUGCGGCUGGCGUUUUGGACGCGAGGGAGAGGUUUGGCGUUGGCUGGAAUGUCAGAGGGCAUUUAUCCUGCAGUCCUGGGUGUGGUAGU